AUGUGGCGGAACUGCGCCGUGAAUCUUCAUGGCAGCAGCGGCGAGGAUGACGGCCGUAUCGUCCGCGGUGGCUGCUGGAUGGGCGUCAGUGGCGGCGGCGGAAGCCCGGUCGUACAGCAGCCGGUGGUGGUAGAGAGCGAGCACCGCUCUGAUUUUAUUGACCUGGUUCACGUUGGCGGCGAGGUGAUGGCAGAGAGCGAGUACCGCUCUGAUUUUGUCGACCUGGUUCUCGUUGGCGGCGAAGUGGUGGCAGAGCGCGACCACCGCUCUGAUUUUGUCUACCUGGUUCACGCUGGCGGCGCUGUGGACGGUGAUAAUGACGGAUGGUUUGGAUGGAAUGAUUCUGUCGACAUAGUUCACGCUGGUGGCAGUGUCUGCGGUGAUGUUUUCCCCACUGCUGCGGCGGAGACAAUGCCCGGAGUCCCCGCGGUGGCGGCAGGAGCGGGGGCAUCGGCAGCAGCUCCAGCGGCGACGGCGGUGACCUCUGGCGGCAGUGCUCCCCCCGCGGCGGCGGUAGGGGGGAUGGCCGGAGUCCCCGUGGUGGCGGCAGGAGCAGCGGCAUCGGCGGCAGCUCCAGCGGCGACGGCGGCGAUCUUCGGUGGCAGUGUUCCCCCUGUGGCGGCGACAGGGGGGAUGGCCGGAGUCCCCGUGGUGGCGGCAGGAGCAGCGGCAUCGGCGGCAGCUCCAGCGGCGACGGCGGCUGUCUCCGGUGGCAGUGUUUCCCCCGCGGCGGCAGCGGUGGGGCUGGCCGGAGUCUCCGCGGUGGCAGCAGGAGCGGCAGCAUCGGCAGCAGCUCCAGCGGCGAUGGCGACUACCUCUGGCGGCAGUGUUCCCCCCGCGACGGCGGCGGGGAGAAUGGCCGGGGUCCCUUCAGUGGCGGCAGGAGCGGCGGCAUCGGCAGCAGUUCCAGCGGCGACGGCGGCGACCUCCGGCGACGGUAGUGUUUCCCUCGCAGCGACGGCAGGGGAAGCGCCCGGAGGGCUCGCGGCGGCAGCUGGAGCGUCGCCAUCGACGGCGGUUCCAGCGGCGACGGCGGCGGCACCCCACGGUGUUGUUUCUCUCGGUGCGGCGGCGGGGAGAAUGGCUCGAGAGCCCGCGCAGGUGGCCACAGCGGCGGCAUCGGCGGCUGGAGUAGCGACAUCGGUGACGGCACCACCCGCGACCGCGGCGGCGGCACCGGCCGCUACGAUGGCUACGGUCGGUGACGUUCCCCCCAUCAUAUCGGUUCGGGGGGCGGCCAGCAACUGA